GUUGAUAAAGAUGCACUGGAUGCCCAGGUCAAGGAAAGGAAAAUUCAAGAAGCAGCUGAAAAAGCACGAAAUGAAGAAUUUGCUAAUGAAAUGAAGCGAAAUGACAAGAUCCUGUGUCUGUUAGAAGAACGGCAGAAAAACGAUAUCAGAAACAUAGAGAAGGCCAUCAGUGAAUUUCAAAAGAACUUUCAGAAGCCAGAAACAAGACGUGAAUUUGACCUCUCUGAUCCGCAAGCUCUAAAGAAGGAUAGACCUGCUCGACUUUCAGACAAUGAUCCUCGAUGUACUGUAUCUGGCAUGCAGAAGUUUAUGGGUGAAGACUUAAACUACGAUCAGAGGGUGAAAUUUCAAAAGGAGCAGUUAAGAGAGUGGUUUCUUCAGCAACAGAGAGACUGGAACAAUGCGUUAGCUGAUAAAAAAUUGGCAGAUGAACUUUAUGACAAGGAUAGGCUUGAACUUGACCAAAAGACUAUGGAGCAACAACGAAAAGAAGAAGAAACCAGGCGUGCUGUUUGUACAGCUACUAAAGAUUUCAACAGAACCCAG